AUGGAUGAGAAUGAAUUAGAAAGAUUUAAAGAUUUACUUGAAGAACUAGAAAAAAUUAUAUUUCCAGAUCCAACGAUUCAACAAAUAACAAAAAAUUUAAAAUUAUACAUAAAUCUUGGAUUCCAAUUAGAUGAAAAAGCAAUUAUUGAAAUUUUAAAAUUGUUUCAUUCAAGAUUAGACAAGGUUGAGAAAAAAAUAGUAGAAUCUAUAUGUGACAUUAAGCAAGAAAACAAGGUUAAAUUUUUAAGAGAUUGUUAUGUAAAAACAUUCGAUUCCGAUGCAUAUUUUUCAAAUAAUGAGAUUGAAAAUAUUCAAGAAUUUAUUAGAAAUUUAUUACCAGAAAGUCAUCCUGAAGAAUUUAGUCGAGCAUAUGUGAUAGCGAUUUUAAAAGAAACAGUUAGCAACUUUAAAAAAGAAUUUGAAAAAGAAAGAAGUGAAGAACUUAUCAAAGAAAUGGAACAUCUUUUAAAUGAAAUUAGAAAUAGUAUUUUUAACACAGAAUACAAAAAUGAUUUCUAUAAAAAAUUAGAUGAAAUAUUUAAUGCCAAUGUAAUCAAUUAA